CGUUUAAUGUAAUGGAAAGUAAAAAGCCCGGUUACAGCCGCGAGCGAGCAAAGAUAGAGCGCGAUGGAGACGAUGGAAGGUGUGAACUCUCUACCUCCCCCGUACAUUCUGCAACCACAUCGUUUUUGCAACGAGGACAUACUGUUCUGUAUAGAUGUCGACCUUGAAUCUCAAGUGGAAAUGAAAGUUGCAGGCCCCAAAGGCCGACCCUUUACGAGGCUGGAUUCUAUCAAACAGGCAAUCAUCCUCUUCGUUCAUUCCAAGCUCACCAUCAAUCCCGAACAUCGAUUCGCUUUCUCUUCACUCGGUCAAUCCUUUUCUUGGGUGCGGAGGGAAUUCAGCAAUGAGGUCGAAUCUGCAAUUGCUGCCACCCGGAUGCUCUUGGCUGAAUCCUCAUACGGUCAUGCUGACCUCACACAGUUAUUCCGGGUAGCAGCCCAUGAAGCAAAGAAAUCACGUUCGCAGGGUCGGAUAUUCAGAGUGAUCCUUGUAUAUUGCAGGUCGUCUGUACAACCACAGCAUCAAUGGGUUACAAACCAGAAACUAUUCACAUUGGAUGUCAUCUACCUACAUGACAAGCCUGGGCCUGACAACUGCCCCCAGAAAGUAUAUGAUGCACUCGUGGAUUCUCUUGAGCAUGUUAGCGAGAAUGAAGGCUACAUAUUUGAGCAUGGCCAGGGGCUUACACGUGUUCUAUUCCGCCAAAUGUGUAUUCUGCUGUCACACCCACAUCAACGGUGUAUACAAGACUUUGUUGACAUCCCCAAGUCCCUCACAAAGAAGUCUCAAGCUGCUGAUUCCACACCUAGUGAAGAGAGUAUUCCUGUAUCCGGUCAAUGAUUUUCAAGCACUGUGGAGAGGUGCUCCAACUCUGUUUAGCUUUGAUUGAUGAACCUUCAAGGUAGGAGGGACCAGACAACAAAAACAAGGAAAGAUUAGAAGUGAUUUCAAAGCUUUAAAGCUGGUUUCUUAGCAGAGCCAUGGUGUCUCUGCCCAGGGGUGUGCUUCUGUCUUCAUCAAUCUACAGUGGCCCUUUGUGGGAUCUAGUGCAGACAAAUGGGUGCUGUUAGAAUCAAAAUGUUGCUUUCUCACUUCCUUUUUAAGCCAAAAGAAAGUAUUAUUUCAUACUUCAAACACUUGAGUUUGACAGUGGCAGAGAAAAAGAAAAUCUUUAACCUGUCUGCAAGUAAGAAUCAUACAAUUGGGAUCCAUGACCAAAUGGAAUGCUAAACUUGAUGAUGUAAGAUUGAUUCAUCAUUUUCUUCUUUUUCCCUUUCACAUGUGCCUAAAGUUACUACAAUCCUUUUUCUUUUCUUUAAUAAGAU